AUGAAUCCCUACACCAUCAAGCGGACAUACGAGUGCCUGUACACGCACCAGAAAAUACAAAAGAACAAAAAAUGGCAAGAGGGGUACUGCGAAGUAAUCGCCAGUUAUGGAGGCAUCAAAAUGAAUCUCCUGAACCAAAGUAGAACAUGCAUCGAGAGUUCACUGAGCUGUGAGGCAUCCUUCAAUAACCUCCAGGAGGAAAUAGAACUUCCAAAGCACCUGAUCCAGUUCGUGGACGUAACGAACUACGCGGAGGAUGUCAUUAAGUGUGAGACCAGCAAAAAAAGGAGAACUCUAUGCACUUCACAAGAUGAAGGAUCGAUACACGCAAAUAAAAAUAAAAAAAUAACAACACACUCAGGGGUAAACAAUUCAAGAGAAUGCAUGGGGUCCGAGACACCCGGAGUUGGCAUGCAAUACGAUGCAACUACAUUCAACGAUUUCAAGACAGAUAGGUAUAUCCGUGUGAAUAGAAAGUUUGAAAUGCCAAGGCGGAUUAAGAGAAAAGUAGAGGUAGAGAGGCACGAAGAUCCACAUGGUGAAGCGACACAAUAUUUGGAGGACGACCAUUCUGGGGAUGAGUCCUCAGAAGGAGAAUUCCCAAACAUUGUAAAAAAAAAAAAAACACUUGAUAGAACCGCACCAUGUCAGCUACCCCACAACAGUGACAACGACGAAAGAAUCACCGUAUCCUAUACAAACAUACGAACCUUUAAUAACAAUAAAAAAAAUGUGAAAUGGUAUGAUGGGUUCAUCGUCAAAAAGAACGAUCUGUUAGAGCUCUACAAUAACUCAGGGGGGAGAUUGUACAUUCGUAGUACGGAUGAAAGUAUACAGCAGGAGGAGUAUAUUCAGUUCGGUAGUUACAUCGUGUGCAAUGAUUUCCGCAUCCAUUCUUCGGGGAAUCCACCGGAGAGUGUUGAAACCAAUCCCGGAAAAAAUAAUGGCAUGUCGAAAAAGGUCGACGCCAGACAUGGGGAGGGGAUACCUGCGCAGUUACAUCAGGUAUCUCGCAGGAAGGGCGACUCGGAGGGAGAUACCAACGUUGAUGAAGAGGAGGUGGAUCUCUGUUCGGAUGAUAACUCUCGUGUUAACUCCACCGUGGCCGCAAAGCGACGGGUGAAUGAGCAACCUGACGCAAAGGCAGUGAGUCUGUUAAACAAAUACGUAAGAGGGGAGGAGUUACCUGCGUGUCCUUCUGAGGAGAAUCCCGGUCUCAUGGAUAUUUCAUCAAGUAAGAAGAAAAAACUUCGGAGGGAUGACCGAGGCGGAGAGAGCGACUCACCCGGGGAUGCAUCUUCCGAGGAGCACCGCAUGUACCACCAACGGUGUGAUAAGUACCGAAAGGAUUAUAAACCGAAUGAGCGCCAAAGGCGGGAUAAGAUUGGGUUUCCCCUUUAUAAAGAAUCUGGGGGGCGUAGUGCCGCGUACCUCUGCUCCUCUUGCAGGCAGGAAGUAAAGACAUACAAGGAGAUUAUCAAUAUAGCGAGAGUGGUUAGUCAGAACAACUUUUCGUGGGUGAACCCACACCGAAAUAUUAUAAGACUUAAUCUGGGAAUAAAGUUGCUCAGUAUGCGCAUGCCGGGCGAGCUCCAUGCGCUACUUCCUCCGGGCGGUGAAGACAGCGGGCAUGACAGAGACGGUGACCCGGGCAUCGUGAGGAGGCCACCCUGUUGGAGUUGCACAAACGGUGAAAAUCGAACUUAUUGGAACUGCAUAAAUGAUGGGAAUAGACCCUGUUGGAACUACAUAAAUGAUGGGAAGCAACUUUGCUGGACGGACAUGAAGAAUGAGGAGCGACAUUUUUCGAACGACUUGAAGAAUGAGGAGCGACAUUUUUCGAACGACAUGAAGAAUGAGGAGCAACAUUUUUCGAAUGACAUGAAGAAUGAGAAACGACCUUUGUGCAACGACAGAAACGGUGACAUGCAACCCUAUGGAAGUGACAAGAGCAGCGAGAGGGAGAGACCCUGCGGAAGUGACAGGGUACACGGUGAGAAGCAACCCUGCGGAAGUGACAGGGUACACGGUGAGAAGCAACCCUGCGAAAGUGACAGGGUACACGAUGAGAAGCAACUCUGCGGAAGUGACAGGGUACACGGUGAGAAGCAACUCUGCGGAAGUGACAGGGUACAGGGUGAGAAGCAACCCUGCGAAAGUGACAGGAGAGACAGUGAGAAGCACCCCUGCGGGAGCUCCACGGAAGCAAACUCGAAUGAGGAAGAACCAGGGGAGGAAGGAACAUCAGAGACGGAGUGGGACACAAAGAAAGGUGAGAAGAACGUUGAGAUGGUUCGAGAAAUUUGCCACGACAUUAACCCCCCAAGUUGCCCCGAGAUGAUCCCCGAGGAAAAGUGCUCGGAGGAGCUACCCAAGUUAGAGUCCACCAUAGAACGGACACACCUGAACCCGUACAAAAUAGAAAGCCUAAAAAACUUUGCAUCUACAAAUAGCGGGUUCGAUGCAUCCCAGAUUGAUCAAGUCCGGAGACAGAACUUAUUUCUACCCAUUUAUGUUAGCAUCUUAAAAGAAAAGGAAGAGCUGAAAAAAAAAUUACAAAAAAUAAAGUUCAAAAAUAUCCCGAAUUUUUUUCUGAACAAGUUAGAAUACAUUCAUUCCUUUAUGAAUGCCACUCUACUUCAAAUUCACUAUCAAAUACAAUGUAAGCUACUCUGUCUCCAUGGUUACUUGAUACCCUUGUUAUGUGAGAUGAGAGGGGAUUACCUUAGGGGAGGUAGCAUCAUGGCCUACAGAAGAAUGUUACACAGCGUAGGACAGAUGACGGGACAAUUUAUUCAUUCCCGAAGUGAUGAGGAUCUCCCUAGUGAUAGUCGUGAUGUUCAAACUAAUCAUCCGAAUGAGGAAGGCAACAAAAGGAGGAAGUAUAGCCAUGGGGAGGAUGAUUACACUUUGUUCAUUCAAAACGUAGAAGUGUUAUGUAGCACGGAGGAAGAAACGAGGUAUAUGUUUCAUGAUAAUGAACAAGAAAACUUUAAUUUAAAUUCGUUUGAUGGCGAAACGGAUAUGCAAGGGAAGAGAUUCUUCAUCAGAAGAACGCAAAAAGAAGUACUACUAGUAAAUAAAAAGAAAAAAAACAAAUUGACAAUGGAGGAAGACAUAAAUAAAUAUGUCUACAUGAAUCAUCUAAUCGUUAUGAGCAGAGACAUUUCUCCGGAAUUGAACAUGUCGUACCCUCCCUACCCACCCUUUACAUCCUCCUCCCGUAUGAAAGACAGUGAUUUACUUCUUUUUGUUACCAAGUGGAAUAACUUCAAGAAAAACUAUCUAGAGAUAUACCCCGUAAACCUUGAAACUCUUUCAUACAUGAAUCAGACCUUCCAGGACGAGGAAUAUGUCAAAUCAAAGGAAUUCCUUUACUUCCUCAAGGAGUACAAAGUCAAGGUUUUUCGUUCUUGUCUCUUCUUAGUAAAUUUAGGCAAUCAUAUUGAUAAUUUGAAGUAUCUUUUUUUUUUUCAUCAAAAUUUGAAAAAAGAAAUAGUUCCUCCUCCCAGUACACUAUUCCCCCCUCCUUACGUGGACAAAGAAGAUACACUACUACAUCUUGAUGGCUUCUUCCGGCAGAUUGGCAUCAAGACCUCGGCAUGGGGAUCGUCUUGUGAGCCCAUCGACUUGUACAAUGUGGGAGGAGAUUACAUGGAUGAUCUCCUUAACAGGGUGAGAAAGGACGAACAACUGAACGAAAGGCAGAGCUGGGUCAUCGAGUGCAUGUUGGCAUGGUUCAGAUGUAGAAUGGAGAAGAAGGAAAAUGAAAUAGAAACGGAGGAGAAUUUCGAAGAGUGGGAGAAGUGUGAAACAGAGGACACAUUUGAUCCGAGCGAGACCAUGUCUUCGACUGACGAAAGAAGCGAAGACGAGCUUUCUACAUCUACUUACAACGGGAUCUGUACUACCACUCACCGAGGAGAUAGCAUCCUCGUCAAUGGUAUAUUCGGGUCGGGCAAAAGUACCCUCAUUUGUAAAGCCAUACUAUACCUAGACAAGGUGCUAACGCAGGAAGAGCGCGGGAAAAAGAGGAGGAAAGCCGAAAAAUGUCAGAAGCGAAACCAGGAGAGGAACGAGGACAUGAGUCUGGAAUGCAGCCAAAGUGGUGGAAGCGAAGAGAAAAGUUCAGACAAGACGAGCGAUCUACCCAUGCAAGUAAACCAUCGAAGAAUCAGCCAAGAGAAGAAGAAGAAGAUACUCCUCAUGUGUAACACAAAUCUAGCCGUAGACAAUAUCCUUCUGAAGUUAAAAUUUCAUUUCGAUUUUCACGAUUACGCCAGAAUAGGAAAUAUUUUUGAAAUUAAUUUUUUUUUAAUAACAAAUUUUAUUAGUAUAAAUUCGAAUGACCAGAAGAAGACCCUCGAGGUGAAGAACUACGUCCAGAGCCUUGCCCGCUCAACCAACCUACCACCAACAAAGAACCAACCUACCACCGACUGCCCUCCUACCGACUGCCCUCCUACCGACUGCCCUCCUACCGACUGCCCUCCUACCGACUAUCCUCCUACCGACCAUCCUCCUACCGACCAUCCUCCUACCGACCAUCCUCCUACCAACGGUCCUACCACUGCCAGUAGUUCUCCCUCCCGUAGUGGCACCUUACCCCCAACGCCUGAAACGAAGCUACAUAAAAUAAAGGAUAUGGAUAAGCUUGCCGACGCGUUGAUGAAAAAAAAUAACUUCGUCUUCCGAAACAAAUUCAAGAAUAAGAGAGUUAUAGCAGGUACAUGUAAGAGUCUACAAAUAUAUGAGAAGCUGAGUUCAAUAAAGGAAAGCAUUGAUUACCUAAUCGUUGAUGAGUGCACACAGAUAGAUGAAAUGACACUCUUUCAUUUUUUCUUAAAAUUUGGAAUCCGUAAAUUUCUCCUCAUUGGAGAUGUGAAGCAGUUGGGGGUUGUACUAAAAGGCCCUAGCGAUUUGAGAAGAAGCAUGUUUUCGCGUCUGGUGGAGAAUGAGUUGUUCAUAGCGCACCACCUGAAGGAAACAGACAUGUUAGCCAAGGACGAAGCUACAGGGACUGCAGGUGUGGACGAUGAAAUCAUGGACCGCAUCGUGAACCGAGUUAGGAGCAUGCGCGAGGCAGAGUACUCCGCCUUGAAAAGUUAUCUGUACGAUAACAUGUUCGCUCUCCAUGGGGGAGGUGGCCAUACAUAUGAAGGUGAUCAGGUAAAUGUGGAAAACCUUCCGUCACAACCACCCCAAGGUGUAGAAGACAAGGCUAUUGAAAGAGUACCACCUCGUACAGGCAUGAACCACCUCAUACUCAUGAAUGAGCAGUUCAGAUGUCAUCCCGAGAUCAGCGCCAUAUGCAGUCACCUCUUCUACAAUGGUCUAAUCAAAAAUGCAAAGUGCACAGAGACCAUCCCACUCAUUUAUAAACCUUACGGAUCGCACGUCAAUUUUAUUUUAUUGAAAAAGGCACCCAGCGAAGUAACCUUUCGCUCGUCCUUCACCAGCGCAGCAGAGGCCAGAGUUAUUUUGACACUCUGUGAAAACAUGCUAGCAUCUUCCAUCAACCCAGAACAGAUAGGAAUAAUUUCCUUGUUCAGAAACCAAACCUUCUAUAUUAAAAAUAAAAUGAAGGAAUCUCCUUAUUAUGAGCGUCUACGAAAUGUGAAGGUAAGUACUGUGGAUUCCUUUCAGGGUAUUGAGAAAGACAUUAUCCUUUUUUCCUGUGUUUUGGGAGAGGUGAGCGGAAUAAAUAGAGUUGGAAGAUUCCGUCAGAACCAAUCAACUCCUUGGCGAGAUGACUACUUCCAAGCCUUCUGCAACAACAGCAACAGAAUAAACGUGGCGCUGAGCAGAGCCAAGAGCCAAUUGAUAAUUGUGGCCCAGAGUAGUUUCGUCGAAGGAAAUCAUCUGUGGAGUUACAUCAAAUCACAUUCCAAGGUUUACCACUGCGAGUGA